AUGACUGUUGUCGGUGUUGCCGGCCUCACAGCCAAAUUUUCACAGUGUGUGGUCAAGGCACUACAGGAAUAUCCGGAUAUGACUAUCAAAGGUCUCUGCAGGAGCCCACAGAAACUUCCACAGGCAGCCGUUCGCAGUUACGACAUUCAUGUCAUCCAGGGCGAGUAUGAUGACGAGGACGCUGCUCAAGCCUUGGCUCGCGGAUGCGACAUUGUCAUCUGCUGCUAUUACGGCAACAACGACGUCAUGACUCGAGGCCAGAAAAUUCUGAUCGACGCGUGCGUCAAAGAAGGUGUUCCGCGAUACGUGCCCAGCGACUUUGCCGUCGACUACACCAAGAUCCCGGACGGCGAGCUAUUUCCCAAAGAGUCGGCCAAGAUCAUAAUGAAAUACCUGGUAGAGAAGAAGGUUAUGGGAGUUCAUGUUCUGGUUGGUGCCCUGAUGGAGACCUUCUGGAGUCCGUUCUUCCACAUCUUUGAUAGCAGCAAUGAAACAAUUAGCUACUGGGGCACGGGCAAUGAGAAAUGGGAGUUGACGACGUAUGAGACCGCCGCGGCCUAUACCGCAGCUCUGAUCGUCGAUAAGAACGCGUCCGGUAUCUUCCGCUUCCGGGGGGAUUGCAAGAGCGCCGUGGAAAUCAAGGCAAGCUACGAGAGAAUUUACCAGAGUUCUCUGCAUCUAAAGCGUCUUGGAUCUCUUGAUGAGCUCUACAGUACCGUAAGAAGGCAGUUCGAGGAGGAUCCAGAUGACGUAAUGACUUGGGCUCCUGGAAGCUUUGCGUAUUGGUGCACUAACGGAAUUGCAUACCUCGGGGAUAACCUCGACAACCAGAGAUACCCGACCGUCGCCACAAUCAACCUCGAGGAUUUUUUCAAGAGUCACAAGAGAGAUGAUAUUUCUACGGCAGAUCAGCGUUUUGGGUUUAAAUAUGAUUACCCUUGA